AUGGGCUCCUGGGCACUCCCCACAGCUCUCUUCCUCCUCUUCUUGGUCCCUGAGAGGAGCCUGCAAGGGGGGCUGCCCCCAUUGCCUCCUGGCCUUGGAAAAGGACUCGGGAACGGAAAUGGGCUGGGCGCCCAGCCAGGCCCUCCAGCUCCCAAUGGCUACACACCAGGCAUCGGAGGGGGUGUGAAACCGCAGAAGCCAGGAUAUGGAAAUGGAAUGGGAGCAGGAGCCUUCCCAGGGCUGGGGGCACAGCCAGGGUUUGGCAAUGGCAAUGAGAUGGGAGCUGGAGCCUUCCCGGGAGUCCUGGCCCAGCCAGGCUUGGCAGGGGGCGCAAAGCCUCAGAAACCAGGAUACAGCAAUGGAAAUGGUCUGGGGGCCCAGCCAAGUGGAGGCGGCCAAGUGAGAGGGUUUGGGAAUGGGAAUGGACUGGCAGCCAGGACCUUCCCAGGAGCUGGAGCCCAGCCAGGCCCUGCAAUUCCCAACGGCUACGGACCAGGCUAUGGAGGGGUGGCGAAGCCCCAGAAGCCAGGACCCCCAACUGAGAAUGGCUACGGAGCAGGCCUGGCCCAGGGAGGAUUUGGAGCAGGCUUUGGAGGGGGCAGGAAGCCUCAGAAGCCAGGAUUUGGGAACGGCCUAGGAGCUGGGGCUUUUCCAGGGGCGGGAGCCCAGCCAGGCUACGGGAAUGGACGGGGAGCCCAGCCAGGCUAUGUAGGGGGCCUGAAGGCCCAGAAGACAGACAUAGGAGAAGGCGGAAAACCUCCCAAGCCAGUGUACCCAAAUGGACUGGGAGUUGGAGCCUUCCCAGGCGCGGCUGCCCAGCCAGGCCUGGGUGGGGCCGGGAAAUCUCCAAAGCCAGGACACCUGCUGCCAGGGAACGGGCUGGGGCUCCCACCAGGCCUGGGAGCAGGCGUGAAACCUCCAAAGGCAGGGCACCGCAAUGGCAAUGGGCUGCUGGCUCAGCCAGGUCCCUGCAGGCCUCCCACGCCAGGGGUCCCUGCGGACCAAGCAGGAGGCUGGCGUCUGAAGCCCCAGCCCCCGUCCCCGGCACAGAACGGCGAGUUCCCAGCACCCACCCAGGCCAUCCAGUGGGGACCGAAGGCUCACAAAGCAGGGUACCAACCUGUGCGUGGUUACAGACCAGCAACAGAACUGGGCUUUGGUGGUGGCCUCAAGCUGCAGACAGUCGGUUUUGGUUACAGGAAUGGCAUUCUGGGAGCUGGACCCUUCCCCGAGGCCCAGCCGCAGCCAGGGUUCCCGGGGACCGACGGCUUUGGGAACGGGUACGGCGAGGAGGCCCCUGUGUACCCCGAAGUGGCAGCAGCAGCCCCUGAAGGAGAGGCUGAGGCCGGAGCCCUUCUCGACUCUCCCUGGCCCGCCGCCCAGCCCUGGAGGGGCAGCCGCCUGAAGCCAGGAUAUGCGUACGCAGGGCUCAGGAGCCGGCCGGGGCUCUACGGGCAGCUGAGGCCAAAGCUGGGCCCUGGGCCACUGGGGGCCCCUGACGUGAAGACAGGCAGCCAUGGCCAGCGAGGAAGCGAUUAUGGAGGGGACCGCUGAGUGACGACCCUCCAAGACAAGAGGAGGAAGAGGCUCAGGGCAGGAUCUCCGCGGGGGCCCUGCCUCUCCCCAGUCCUUGCCCUCCUUCUCCCCAGGCCCCUGACCUCCUGGGAAAUGGUGCUGUCUCUGCGUCACAGCUGGCCAGAGGCCCAGGGAGUCCAGAGCCGGGGCCUGUGGCUUCCCCCAGCGAGAAGUAUCAAUAAA